ACUGCUUUACACUGGGCAGCAAAACAUGGCAAAGAAAAUAUGGCAAGAAUGUUAAUAAAUGCAGGAGUGGACAUCAAUCUCAGAGCUGGGUACACACCUUUGCACAUAGCAGCACUCCACUCCCACUUGGACAUCAUGGAUCUUCUUAUUCAUAACUAUGGUGCAAAAACAAAUGUAAGAGACUAUAGUGGACGGUUUGCAUCCCACUAUCUAAAAGACAACGAUGAUUCUACAGAUUGUUCUAACAUAUCUUCAAAAUUCCAACAGUCUCGGGGAGGACGACGGAACCGGAAGCUUGCUGGACUCUUCCUGCCAAAGAGCUAUGGAAGCAAUAAAAAGAAUUGGGGUUCAGUAGAGAACCUGACAACAGAUGACAAAGAUGGUUCCAUAUUCCUGUCUGUACCAACAUCAUACAAAGCAGUACGCAAGUUUUCAAGAUAGGAUGCGUGUGUAAGCGAGAAGUUGUUAUUUGAAGUUUGUGGACCCGUUACAAUCUUUUAUUCGAAACACGCAGCACAUAUAUUUGUUUAUUAUAUUAAUAUAAACACUUAAUAGCAAGAAUAAUUGAAGUUGUAUUUUAGGCACCUACUUCACCCACUGUGUAAUGUUACUCAAGAUACAAACCAGAGGAAUCUUCCUUACUAAGUAUUAUUUAAUCUGUUUUGUAUUGUUGGUUGGUUCUGGGUUUUCAAUUUUCCAUGCCUUGCAAGUUUUGCAUUGGACUUGCUGGUGGCUUCGAAGUGGCAUUUUUACAACAAUUUUUGUUCUUGUAUUCUGCCAGGUUUUAAUGCUUAAUCAUUAACCUUGGAAGUACAUGUUUGAAGCUCAUUUUGGGUAAACCGGUGAGGUUCACUGUCUACAAGGAUAAUCAUCCAUGUAAUAAACAGCCUUGUAAACAAAA